UUUUUUGUUGUUAUUUUUUUUGGUUUUUUGCUAACAAAAAAGUAUAAAGUGCCAAAAGUACAUAUAAUAUAUAAAAAAGAAUAACAAAUAAAGUAGCAGAUAAAAAGGAAUAAGAACAAACGGCAACAACUACAAUAACUGAAAAAAAGACAAGGCCCUGUUUAGAGCAUUUAAUUUAUUAUUACUACAGUGGGUAUAAUUCCUUUGUUAAAUACAACCACAACAACUACAAAAAAGAGACGAAAUUUAAGAAAAAUUAUAAAAAAAAGAAACGUCAAAAAGAACAAAAACAAUAGUGCAAAUUAAAGCAUUAAAAAAAGUUUUUUAAAAAAAAUUAAUUUAAAGGCUGAAAAAGGAAAAAAAGUAAUUUAAAACAAAAGCAACAAUAAAAUUAAUUAAAACAAAAAAAUUUAAAUUACAACAACCAAAAGCAAUCUUUGUGUUUAAACAACGCCUAACAUCUUCCAGUAAAAAUUAAGGAAUAUAGCAACACUAACCUUAGUAGUACCAACAGUAGCAGCAGCAGCACCAAAAGCCAUCAACAACUUUCAUCAAGCAACAGAACAAGUAGAAGCAGCAACAUCAACUUGGAAGAACAAACUACUAGGACGAGUUGCGAAAAUAAAUACUAGCAACAAAGUGAUAAGAUAAACAACCAAAACCAACUAAAACAACCAACAAAAUCCCUUAAGCCUUAUUUACAACAACAACUGUAAACUUUUGAUCUUUAUUUCCCCUCCCCUAACAACUAACAACUAAUCCAAACAAAAUGCGUGAAUAUAAAAUUGUUGUUUUGGGCAGUGGUGGUGUAGGCAAAUCAGCUCUAACGGUACAAUUCGUACAGGGUAUCUUUGUGGAAAAAUACGAUCCCACCAUUGAGGACAGUUAUCGCAAACAGGUCGAAGUUGAUGGACAACAAUGCAUGUUAGAGAUUUUAGAUACUGCCGGCACAGAACAAUUCACCGCCAUGCGUGAUCUUUAUAUGAAAAAUGGCCAGGGUUUCGUUUUAGUCUAUUCGAUAACCGCACAAUCCACCUUUAAUGAUCUGCAAGAUUUGCGAGAGCAAAUCUUACGUGUCAAGGAUACAGAUGAUGUACCCAUGGUGUUGGUGGGCAAUAAAUGCGAUCUCGAAGAUGAGCGUGUUGUGGGCAAAGAGUUGGGUAAGAGUUUGGCAAAUCAAUUUAACUGCGCCUUUAUGGAAACCUCUGCCAAAGCUAAAGUGAAUGUUGUUGAUAUCUUUUAUGAUCUUGUUAGACAGAUUAAUAAGAAAUCACCCGAAAAGAAACAGAAAAAACCCAAGAAAAAUCUAUGUGUUCUGCUCUAAGACUACAUACACAAUAGCAACAACAACAACAAUAAACACAACAACUUACAAAAUAAAACAACCAACAAAUACACAUACACACACACAUACCGACACUUACA